AUGGCUCUCUCACAGGUGUCGAGGUUGGGGGCUAGCUUCAAGCCCUUUCAUCCGGUGAAGAUGGAGGCGAAGCCAGAUCCCGGGAAGGUUCGAGUGUUCCGUGCUCAGGCCUCGGUCAAAUCUCAGAACGACGAGCUGGAGGAGAACAUCUACAGAGCCAAAGUCAAAGCAGACGCAACAGGACCUGAAAACGAUGAUGCAGGGACAGAAGCAGAAAGCAAAAGCUGGAAGAAGAUCUUUGAAGAGAACGACAAGCUGUGCCGCGCUCAUCAAGCAGCAUUCAGAAGAAGCGGCGGAAGUGUCCUGAAAAUUUUGUAUCUUGAUACUCUAGCGGUUGAGGCACUGUUGGCAUGA